ACCCGAGCUCCAGUACCCUGCCGAGCCAUCCGGCCGACGUCGCGCUCACUUCCCUGCGAAUGUGGACCAACUGAUCCGUCUCAAAACGUCGACACCCGCUCUAGUUUCCCGUUAAUAUAGUGACCGCUACGCUGUCUGCUUCGGACGCGACCAACGAGGCGUCGUGUCAGCCGAUGUCAACCGAGCAAUUUGAGCCACGAUCGCUUGUUUUCGCUGGGGGUUGCUAAAAGCUAGCACUACCCUGGCGAGCUAACUGGCGCUAGCCUUGAAAGCUACCUCAGUGCUAGCGGACGGCGGAGCCUGUUAGCCUAGCGUGCUAGCGUAUUAGCUCUGCUCUCCCUCCUCCCUCCCCCCUCCUAAAUAAAACUUGAUCCUGACGGACACAAGCGGCGCUGGCUUGUUGCUGACAAGCCACGAUCUAUUCGUAGCCGUCGCCUGGUAGUCAUGUCCGGCGGACAGCCAUCAACCGCCGCGGGGGGCUGCGGGUUCCUCAUGUCGGUUGUCGUUCACGGGGACUCUGCUCUCCACGAGCAGGAGAAGGAGCUCCAGCAGCGGCUCCGACGGCUCUACCCCGCCGUCAACGAGACCGAGACCCCGCUGCCUCGGUCGUGGAGCCCGAAGGACAAGUUCAGCUACAUCGGCCUCUCUCAGAACAACCUCCGUGUGCACUAUAAAGGUCAUGGUAAGACCCCCAAAGACGCUGCCUCCGUGCGGGCCACCCAUCCUAUCCCAGCAGCCUGCGGGGUCUACUACUUUGAGGUCAAGAUCAUCAGCAAAGGGCGAGAUGGGUACAUGGGCAUCGGCCUCUCUGCACAGGGGGUCAACAUGAACAGACUUCCUGGUUGGGACAAGCACUCGUACGGUUACCACGGCGACGACGGCCACUCCUUCUGCUCCUCCGGUACCGGCCAGCCCUACGGCCCCACCUUCACCACAGGCGACGUGAUUGGCUGCUGCGUCAACCUCAUCAACAACACCUGCUUCUACACCAAGAACGGCCACAGCCUAGGUAUUGCCUUCACAGACUUGCCGCCCAACCUGUACCCCACGGUGGGGCUCCAGACCCCUGGCGAGGUGGUGGACGCCAACUUCGGCCAGCACCCCUUCGUCUUCGACAUCGAGGACUACAUGAGGGAGUGGCGGACCAAGAUCCAGGCUCAGAUCGACCGCUUCCCCAUCGGGGAGCGCGAGGGAGAGUGGCAGGCCAUGAUCCAGAAGAUGGUGGCGUCUUACCUGGUCCACCACAGCUACUGUGCCACGGCGGAAGCCUUUGCCAAAUCCACAGACCAGGCGGUGCACGAGGAACUGGCCUCCAUAAAGAACAGACAGAAGAUCCAGAAGCUGGUGUUGUCUGGCCGGAUGGGCGAGGCCAUCGAGACGACCACGCAGCUGUACCCCAACCUGCUGGAGAGGAACCCCGACCUGCUCUUCAUGCUGAAGGUGAGACAGUUCAUUGAGAUGGUGAACGGGACGGACAGUGAGGUGCGCUGUCUGGGCGGCCGCAGCCCCAAGUCCCAGGACAGCUACCCCGGCUCCCCCCGGCCCUUCAGCAGCCCCAGCCACAAGGCCGGCAGCUCCACACCAUACCUCACAGGGUUCGACAGCAGCUGCUGUAACGGUGUGACGACCAGCAAGAGCCACAGCUCCUCCCCUCACGCCCACAAGCCCUGCCCCCCUGCCACUAGCCCCGCCCUCCCAGUGUCCGACGUCAGCCUCAACGGGACCAGGACUCAGCCAAUCAGCAGCGACGUGGACAUGGAGGUGGACCACUUCACCAACGGCGUGUCAGACUCCUUCUCCAACGGCUUCCUGAACGGAAGCACCAAGCACGCCGCGGAGACCCCCGACUGCGACGCCGACAUGGAGGUGGAGUCGGGCCAGUCCAAACGGCAGCUGUGUGGGGGGAGCCAGGCGGCCAUCGAGAGGAUGAUCCACUUCGGCCGGGAGCUCCAGAGCAUGAGCGAACACCUCCGCCGGGAGUGCGGCAAGAACUCAGCCAAUAAGAAGAUGCUCAAGGAUGCCUUCAGCCUGCUGGCCUACUCAGACCCCUGGACCAGCCCCGUAGGAUACCAGCUGGACUCCAUCCAGAGAGAACCUGUCUGCUCCACGCUCAACAGUGCAAUACUAGAGACCCAUAACCUCCCCAAGCAGCCCCCGCUGGCCCAGGCUGUGGGCCAGGCGGCCCAGUGUCUGUCCAUCAUGGCGCGCUCCGGCAGCGGCUCCUGCGCCUUCGCCACCGUGGACCACUACCUGCACUAACCCCGCCCCAAACACACACACACACACAUACACAGACAGACAUAGAGACGGACACACA